AUGGGGAGCGUAGAAACCUACUUUCUCUUCAAAUAUCGCACCGAAAUCUCAACUUUGAUCACCCAACUGAGUCAAGAACGAUUCCAACCAAAAAAUUCAAAGCAAAUUGAAAUAGCUGAAAAAGCAAUUAAACCGUUCACCAUUAUAAGAAUAUUAUUACAAGCCAUCAUUUUUUUUUCGGGUAUUUUUUUAUAUAUUUCCCCACUUGCUACAUUGAAAACUGAAAAAAGUUUCCCCUAUAACUGUUGGUAUCCAUUUAACGUGAGCAAAUCUCCCCUUUAUCAAUUAGCAUAUAUACAACAAGUUUUGGGUGGAGUAUAUAUAACAAUAACAAAAUUGUCCACCAUUUUAUUUUUGGGCGGCAUACAACUAUAUCUUGGAGUUCAGUGUGACUUUUUAUGCCACAAAAUAGAAUCUCUUGGUGGGCCGUAUUUCGGAAAAAAUUUGAAGAAAUGCAUUUUGUAUCACGAAUCUAUCUUAAAGAUAGCUCCAAAGGUUCUAAGGGCUAAAAUGUAUACAGUAGAACCCCGAUUAUCCGGGUAUAAAAAAGUAGACGCAGAUGUUUUGUUUUUAAGUGGAUUCCAAUUAGCGAUAAUGCUAUUUUUGUUCUACUAUUCUUGGUUCGCAACCGAGGUGACCAAAAAGAGUGAAAAUAUAGCCUUUGCAGCUUAUAGUUGCGAUUGGACGGGAAAAUCGAAGGAGUUUCAAAAAGAUAUAAUGUACCUUAUUCAGAUUUCUCAAAAACCAAUCAAAUUUCAUAUUCAUGGACUCAUUGGAGUAUCAUUGGAAACAUUUUUGAAGGUCCUGAAAAGUUCGUUUUCGUACUACACAGUUUUAAAAAAUGUAAUGCAAGAUUAA